AUGUUGCGAAGGUUGUUUUUCGACGUUGUCCUACCAACUUGUGAUUGGCCGACGUCCAUGUCCUCCGAGUUGUUUACUGCUCACAUGACCGCCUCAGAGGGCGACAAGCUCUGCACCCUCGAGGCUGAAGCGGCGGUUUCUGAGACGGCCUUUGGUGUGCGUGACAUUCGUGUUGCUGAGGCAUUGCCCUUCAGCGAGUCCCUUGCCUACAUUAACCUCACCACACUGGAGGGUGAGAAGCUCUGCGUCGAAAUCAGCGCAGCGGGCUUUAGACCUGUUGGUGUCUUCUACGAUGAUGUGGUGGGACCAGUGCCACCACCUCACCAGGAGGGUGAUGAGGAACCAGAACCCGGGAUGGAGAACUACGAGACCAUUUACGCUCUGCUGUCUGCCCGAAGUUCGGGUUUCCGUCACCAAUUUUCGGAGAGAUUGGCGCAGCGGCUUGCACAGUUACAGGACCAACAGCUAUUGGAGGGGGACUAUGAGGAGGAGGAGGAAGGAGGCUAUUUUAGCCUGGACGGCUAUACUCGGGGUGGCAAGCCUCAUCCCUCCGUCCUACGUCUGUCGUCGACGUGGAACACAUCAUGGAUGUAG